AUGAAGAUUACACCAAUGAAGGCGGCCGGAUGGUGGCCGGUGGCGGUUUUUCUGGGGCUGGCCGUGCUGGGCACCGACGGGAGACCCAACAAGGACGGGUUCGGGUCCCCACCCGAUCGACCCGUCGAUGGGAUCCCCGAGAGCCUGAGGGUAAAGGGACUAAUGGGACACAAUGGCUACCCGGGUCCGUGUGAACACAAAUACUGUGGCCUGGGACGCCAUUGCGUGGUCAACCGCGAGACUGACCAGGGGGAGUGCAGGUGCUUGGACCGCUGUAAACCGCACUAUAAGCCGGUGUGUGGCUCCGAUGGGAAGUUGUACCAGAACCACUGUGAACUCCACCGGACCUCCUGUAUCCAGGGACACAGGAUCACCAUCAUGCACAGCGAAGAGUGCUUCUACAAAGGGCGAGGGGCCGCCGCCGACAGCGCCAGGUCCCGAUCAGAGGUCGCAGCAUUAACGGCGCCACAGAGUCAUUACGGAGAGAGCAGGAACACACGGGAGGAUCCGGAUCCCCGGAACGCACACAGGCGGCUACAAAACUUCUUACCCACCUCCACGGCUGCUGUUGGCAGCCUGAUUGUGCAGCUGGAACAUCUGGCGGCUCCUCGGUGA